AUGUUCGAGCCUCAGCGAUCUUUCGGGUUCGUGCCUCCACAAGCAAAUCUUCUUCGGAGGAGACCAGGUGUUUCCGAUGAACACUUCUCGUCUUAUUCUCAUGAAGAUAAGUCUAAAACGGAAAUGAAGACUAAGAUCAUCAAGAGUAUUAGAAAUUUUGAUUUGUAUCCUAAAACAGAUUCUGUGGCUACAAAAAAGACAUCACUGGGAGGUUUUGUCUCUUUAUUUGCCAUGCUCAUUAUAACUUUACUCGUAGGAUCGGCUCUCAUUCGAUAUUUGAGCGUGGACCGACGAGAUACACUCUCGGUGGACAUUCAAGUGGAGGAUCGAGUUGUUAUUUUCUUUAAUAUUUCCUUCCCAGAUUUGAAAUGUUAUGAUCUUCAUUUGGAUUCAGUGGAUGCUAGCGGUGAUGCUGCCAUUGAUGUUGCACACCAUAUUCACAAAGUACCUGUUGAUGCAUCGGGCAGAAUUACUCAUUUAGAAUCAAAACAUAAGGCCAAGCUCGGAACUGAAAUGCCCCAAGAGAAAUAUGAUCCUACAAAGGAUCCACAUAGUGUCAUGUUUUGUGGAAGCUGCUAUAUUGAGAAGAAACGUGGACAAUGUUGUAAUACGUGUCAAGAUGUGAUGGAGGUUUACAAGAGAAACGGACUUGCUCCUCCAAGAGUUGAGGAUAUUGAGCAAUGUUUAUUUGAUGCUUCGAAAAAUCAUCCUGGAUGCAAUAUUUAUGGAACUUUGGAUGUUCAAAAGGUGAAUGGAAAUUUCCACUUCUUGCCAGGUAGAAGUUUUUCACAGGAAUAUGAGACACGUGUUCACCAUAUUCAUGAAUUUAAUCCAAUUCUUGUGGACAGAUUUAAUAGUACUCAUAUCAUCCACUCACUUUCAUUUGGAUUAAGAAUUCCACAUGUCACCUAUCCUUUGGAUGAUACUGUUGGAAUUAUUCCAAAAAUUGAGGAAACAGAUGAAAAGGCACCAAAGACUGCACUCUUCAAGUACUUUGUGAAAGUAGUGCCAACUACCUACAAGAGUGCAACACCAAUUUUGGGAGCUGGUUUAUUUUCCCAAGUCAUUAAUACCUAUCAAUUCUCAUUUACCAAACAUGUCAUGUCAUUUGAUAGUCAGAAAGUAAUGAUGCUACCAGGAGUAUUUAUUGUUUACAAUUUUGAGCCCAUUCGAAUUACCUAUGAAGAGUUUACAGUACCCUUCACUCAUUUUGUGGUGGAUCUGUUAGCUGUGUGUGCAGGUGUUUUUGUUGUGCUAAAUUAUGUGGAUAGACUUUUGGAAUUUAUCGUGUUAAAGUUGAAUAAGAAACAAGCGUAG